AUGGCGCCGGUCAGCAACAUCAAUGGCGAAUUUCUGGCUAUGAGCAAGCGGUGGCCCGAGCCAGCUACAACCCGCACUUCACCACCCACGCGAGCCAGCAUGACUCUUGAAGGAGGAUUCCUAGAAGCAUGGGCACAGGGAUAUAACGUGGGCAGCUUCAUAGUUCUCAUAUUAAUUGUCCUCUGCAACUACCGAUCGGGAAUCUUGCUCCAUAAACUCAUACUACUCGAGCUUCUCCUCGCAAUCUGGCACGGAACCUUUAUCUUCUUCGAGGACCCGCACUAUGGAUGGUACUUGUCAUCCACCGCCACGCUCCUCUUCAUCUCCUACUUCCUGCACAAUGUCGUCGCCUGGCUCAAAAUCCGGCCAUUCCUCCCACUCUGGGGCUCUCGAUUCUUCAUCAUCUCUCUCCUCUGCGUGCAACCCUUCUGGAUCGUCGAAGCUUGGUCCAACUUUGCCUACUUUAACCAACUCUCAACAGGAUCCAGAGUCAACCUCCGUACGCGGCCUUGGGAAGCCCUAGUCCGUGACCCGUGGUGGAUCUUUACAACCUGGAAACUCAUCAACGCCAUUAAAAAGACAUAUACAUUUAGCUUGUGGACAUUGAUCAAAAUUAACCGCCGCUUCAGCGUAAUGCUAGCCUGCAUGAUCCUCUCCAUCAUCUUCGUCCUCACCGACGCUGCCAUCAGCGCAGCAAAAAUAUCAGCCAGCAGCGGCAUAAAUCCCUACUGGCGUUUCGCCCUCGUUUUCAAAUGCGCAUCGGACACCAUCUUCCUGGAUGACUUCAAAUCCAUGCUCGACGACAUCAUCGCACAAAAAUUUACUUCUGCAGCAGAUACCACUGCGCCGCGCCGCUCCAUGUCCCGUACUGGCCGUGCCGCAAACAAGCGCUCGCGAUCCAUGUCGCGAGAAGAGGCUAUGGAAUCGAAUAUGCUGGAAAGAUUGCGUACGCCGUCGGUUAGUACUACGCAGAAUAGCCAGUCGAGAUCUUCGAGGCCGAGAUUCGGAUCGUUCUUUUCGUCAAAGUCGAACCGAAUGGAGAGAGAGAUGUCGUCGAACCAGAGGGCGAGAGAGACGCCGUCGAUUCAUUUGUAUCCGCCGGAAGCGAGCGAGGCUUCGUAUUCCAGACAUCCCAGCUAUGAUAGCCAGGGUAAUGUGGAAUUGACUAGACCGGUGCACGCGUUGUAUCGGAAUCAUGAGCUCAGGGCUACGGAGAGUGAUGGGAGCUUGCUUAUUGGGAGAUUGGUUUGA